UGGUUUUAUUUAACAAAAACAAGCCACACUGAUCACUCUCAUUUCUAGGGUUUUUUCUGCUACUCAGUAAGAACCACAAGAAGAAGAAGAACAAAUCAAAAGAUUCUUGAGAGCACAUAGCAGUUAACUAAAAAUGGGGUUCUCGAUGCAGCCAUACGGAAUCCAAUCAAUGUUAAAAGAAGGACACAAACAUCUCUCUGGUCUCGACGAAGCCGUUAUUAAAAACAUCGACGCUUGCAAACAGCUCUCCACCAUCACCCGCACUUCUCUCGGCCCAAACGGUAUGAAUAAGAUGGUUAUUAAUCAUUUGGACAAGCUGUUUGUGACGAAUGAUGCGGCUACUAUUGUUAAUGAACUUGAGGUUCAGCAUCCUGCUGCUAAAAUUUUAGUGCUGGCUGCUAAGGCUCAGCAAGAGGAGAUCGGCGACGGUGCUAAUUUGACUAUCUCGUUUGCCGGUGAGUUGCUUCAGAAUGCCGAGGAGCUUAUUCGGAUGGGUCUUCAUCCCAGCGAGAUUAUUACUGGAUAUACCAAAGCUAUCAAUAAGACGACGGAAAUCUUGACUGAACUGGUAGAGGAAGGUUCUGAAACGAUGGAUGUGAGGAAUAAGGAGCAGGUUAUUAUGCGAAUGAAGGCUGCUGUUGCUAGCAAGCAAUUUGGACAGGAAGAUGUUUUAUGUGGUCUUAUUGCUGAUGCGUGCAUUCAAGUAUGUCCCAAGAACCCUCUAAAUUUUAAUGUUGAUAACGUUCGUGUUGCAAAACUUGUGGGGGGUGGUUUGCGUAAUUGUAGUGUAGUACGUGGAAUGGUUUUGAAAAGUGAUGCAGCGGGUUCUAUAAAGCACAUGGAGAAGGCAAAGGUUGCUGUGUUUGUUGGUGGUGUUGAUACCUCAGCAACUGAAACCAAAGGGACAGUCCUUAUUCGCUCUGCUGAGCAGCUAGAGAAUUACGCAAAGACUGAAGAAGCUAAAAUUGAGGAGCUUAUUAAAGCAGUUGCAGAUUCCGGUGCCAAGGUGAUUGUUAGUGGAGCAGCUAUUGGAGAAAUGGCAUUGCAUUUUUGCGAGCGUUACAAGCUCAUGGUUUUGAAGAUUAGCUCAAAGUUUGAAUUGAGAAGAUUUUGUCGCACCACUGGUGCUGUUGCUAAUUUGAAGCUUAGUCAACCAAACCCAGACGACUUGGGAUAUGUAGAUUCCAUUUCAGUUGAAGAGAUAGGUGGUGCUAGGGUCACAGUAGUGAAGAAUGAAGAAGGUGGGAACUCUGUAGCCACUGUGGUUUUACGGGGAAGCACCGAUAGCAUACUAGAAGAUCUUGAAAGAGCCAUAGAUGAUGGAGUGAACACCUACAAGGCGAUGUGUAAGGACAGCCGUAUUGUUCCUGGAGCUGCAGCUACUGAAAUUGAGUUGGCCAGGAGAUUGAAGGAAUUUUCUUAUAAAGAAACAGGAUUGGACCAGUAUGCCAUUGCUAAGUUUGCCGAGAGCUUUGAGAUGGUUCCUAAAACGCUGGCUGAGAAUGCUGGUCUUAAUGCGGUGGAAAUCAUAGCAUCUCUUUAUGCUGAGCAUGCAUCUGGGAAUACCAAAGUAGCUAUUGACAUGGAUGAAGGCGUAUGCAAGGAUAGUUCAACCAUGAAUAUCUGGGACCUUUAUGUCACAAAGUUAUUUGCUCUCAAAUAUGCUGCUGAUGCUGCCUGCACUGUAUUGCGAGUAGAUCAGAUCAUAAUGUCAAAACCGGCAGGUGGUCCAAGGAGAGAUCAGCAGCCGGCAGGAGCAGGGGGGGAUGAAGACUAGUUCUGCGCACGACACUUUGAUCUUGAUCUAUAUGGGCAGAAUUUUAUGCUUGGUUUGGCAACUAUUUCUUUACUUCAAGCUGCCAAGAAAUUUGAGCAUUAACAAUUUUGUUUACUGUUUAAGAAAUGGUAAGACUGCUCUGUAUAUGCAACCUGUAUUCGAAGUUCACGGUGAUGAUGGUGGUUUUGAAGUUGUAUCAGCUCCGUAGUUUUAUCUGAAAAUGUGAUUGAUUUAGUUCUUGAAGUCAAUAUUGAUUCUGAUUCACUAAA